AUGGGACUUGUGAAAAAACCACUGCUGAAGACCUACUGGUCAAAAAAGCCAAUGUAUGCCUCCAGUUUUUGUUCAAGUCUGAUGCCAAGAGAUAGAUUUCUGUCCAUAUUGACAUUUCUCCACCUCAAUGACAACACACAAUGGGUGAAAUACAACCAAAAUGGUUAUAAUCCACUUCAUAAAAUUCUUCCGUUUCUAAUCCUUUUAGAAGAAAAAUUUAAAAGUUUAUACAGUCCUGGAAAAGCCCUAAGUUUGGACGAAGGAACAUGUCCUUUCAAAGGAAGAGUAAGAUUCCGAUCUUACAUGCAGAAGAAGCCAAAAAAAUGGGGAAUAAAAAUUUAUGAACUAUUUGAAUCUGAAUCGGGAUAUUGUUUGGGGUUCAAGAUCGCAACAGGAAAAGUUAGUGAUGACACCACAUAUGCGGUUGUGAUGCAUCUCAUGAGAAAUUAUCUAGGUGUCGGACAUGAAGUGUAUACUGAUAGAUACUAUACAUCACCCCAACUGUUUGCUGAGUUGUACAGACAAAAAACUGUCGCGGUCGGUACAUGCCGAAUUGAUAGGCGUGGCCUACCAAGAAGUACGAUUCAAAAAAAAACUCGAAAAAGGGGGGAUAGUUUCUUCCAGAAAAGGCUCACUGCUUGUUUUGAAGUGGAAAGACAAGCGUGA